AGGACAUGAAACCAGAGGUUAUGACACAUCCAUUAACAAAUGCUGAAGGUUUUAUUCUGCCUACUUCAUUUUAUCACCAUAACCACACAGAGAUGGAAAACUUCCUUAAAAGCAUAGCAGCAACAUAUCCUUCAAUCACGCGCUUGUAUUCUGUUGGUAAAAGUGUUGAAGGUCGACAGCUAUACGUCAUUGAAAUUACUGACAACCCAGGACACCAUGAACCAGGUGAACCAGAAGUGAAGUAUGUGGGUAAUAUGCAUGGUAAUGAAGUGGUGGGACGUGAGGUGCUGCUACUCCUCAUAAAAUUCCUAUGUGAGAAUUAUGGAACCAAUGACACUGUUUCACGCAUUGUGAACUCUACUCGAAUUCAUAUUAUGCCAAGCAUGAAUCCUGAUGGUUAUGUCAGAGCUAAAGUUGGUGAUGAGGAUGGUGUUAUUGGACGAGAGAAUGCUCAUGGCAUAGAUUUGAACCGGAACUUCCCUGAUCAGUACCAACAAACGAAG